CAGCUUGCGAACCUCCAGCCCCAUCACCCGCCCAGGCCGCCGCGCCGACGGGGGCAGCAGAGAGGAGACUCCGAGGGGCGCCAGGCUCUCCGCGCCCGUGGGGAUGGCCGCCAGGGUCCGGACGGCGCCGUACUGGCUUUCGGCGGAUACAACAUCUUUGUUUGUAUGUGGUGCUGAGGAUCGAACCCGGGCUGCACUUAUGCCAGGCGAGGACGCUACCGCUUGAGCCACAUCACCAGCCCUAACCUGGCUAUUUUAAACUUCCUGAUAAUUCCAGCAUAAUUGGGAUUGCAGCCUGUGACAGGUUUUUCCCAUGUGCCGUGCUGUGAUCUGUUCUUUUCCCUCAACUCUUGGCUUAUUGUCAUUCAACGAUGUGUCCCUGGAGUUUUCUUGGGAAGAAUGGCAGCUACUGGAUUCUGCACAGAGGUACCUGUACAGGGAAGUGAUCCUGGAAAACUAUAGCAACCUGCUGUCAGUGGGAUAUCAUGGUACCAAACCCGAUUUAAUCUUCAGAUUGGAGCAAGGAGAAGAGCCAUGGAUACUAAAUGCCAAAAUGUCCACUCAGAACUGUCCAGAAGUCUGGGAAGAUUGGUACCAGAAAAAUCAAGAUGAGUUUGAAAGUAUUGAGAGAAGUCAUUCUUGUAAUAUGUUCAGAAAACUUCACAUAAGCAAAACCCACGUUUCUUCAGGACAAAGACUCCAUAAGUUUAAUACACUUGGGAAACGCUGGACACAAAACUUGGGGUCAAGCAGAGGUUAUGUAAGAAAGACGCCUGAUGGUUUUCAUGGGUGUGAGGAAUCAUGUUUUCUUAAGCAUCAAAGAGCUCAUAGCAUAGAAAAAUCCUGUGUAUGUAACGAAUGUGGGAAGGCCUUCCGUUGUAGGUCGCAGCUCAUCGUGCACCUCAGGAUCCACACAGGCGAGCGGCCUUACGAGUGCACCAAAUGUGAAAGAGCCUUCAGUGCCAAGUCCAACCUGAAUGCCCACCAAAGAGUCCACACUGGGGAGAAGCCCUACUCGUGUGCCGAGUGUGGAAAAGUCUUCUCGUUCAGGUCGCAGCUCAUCGUCCACCAGGAGGUUCACACAGGAGGGAAGCCUUAUGGUUGUGGCGAAUGCGGGAAGGCCUACAGUUGGAAGUCUCAGCUCAUUUUGCACCAGAGAAGCCACACGGGAGUGAAACCCUAUGAAUGCAGCGAGUGUGGGAAGGCCUUCAGUUUGAAGUCCCCAUUCGUUGUACACCAGAGAACUCACACAGGAGUGAAACCUCACAAGUGCGCUGAGUGUGGGAAGGCUUUUAGGAGUAAGUCCUACCUCCUGGUUCACACCAGAAUGCACACGGGAGAGAAGCCCUAUCGGUGCAGCGACUGUGGGAAGGCCUUCAACAUGAAGACACAGCUGGUGGUGCACCAGGGCACUCACACAGGGAACAACCCUCACCAGUGCAGUCAGUGCGGGAAGGCCUUCGGCAGGAAGGAGCAGCUCACUGCUCACCUGCGUGCCCAUGCCGGGGAGAAGCCCUACGGGUGCAGUGAGUGCGGAAAGGCUUUCAGUAGCAAGUCGUACCUUGUCAUCCACAGGAGGACACACACAGGAGAGAGGCCCUACGAGUGCAGCUUGUGCGAGAGGGCCUUUUGUGGGAAGUCGCAGCUUAUUAUACACCAGAGGACUCACUCUACAGAGAAGCCCUAUGAGUGCAGUGAGUGCGAGAAGGCCUAUCCCAGGAAGGCGUCCCUCCAGAUCCACCAGAAAACCCACUCAGGAGAGAGGCCUUUCAAGUGCAGCGAGUGUGGGAAAGCCUUCACUCAGAAGUCCUCCCUCAGUGAACACCAGAGAGUUCACACGGGAGAGAAGCCCUGGAAGUGCUCUGAGUGUGGAAAAUCCUUCUGCUGGAAUUCAGGGCUCCGUAUACACAGGAAGACGCACAGAGGGGACACCCGAGUGAUGAAGUGAGCAUGAGAAGCUGUCCUCAAAGGGCAACAGAGUGAUGACCAGAGGUCCUGAAAAUGCACUCACAUGACGAGUCAUGUGGGAGAGACCAGCACAGCUGGGAAGAGCCUGAGAAGCCCCCAGGAGGCAGUCACAGGGGACUGACGGGACAGGAGCAGUGAGCCUACCAGGUGUGGUGUUGUGAGAAGACUUGGGACAGUCAUAACUGAGAACAUCUUGCGGUUUACUCCUUCAGGGAAGCAUUUUCCAUAGGAACUGUGUUGCAUGGAAAGCCACAUUCCAAAUUGGAAGCUAUGUUUUUAUAAAAUAAAAAAAAUUCAUUAUAAACAAUAGACUUUUUCAUGGGGGAGUAUAAAAGUUUUUUAUUUCUUUUUAAUAUGUAGAUAAAGUAAAAUCACAAGGCACUUAUUCUGAAAGCUAAGGAAUAUUUUGUGUGACUUUCCUUAAUUAACACUGAAUAGCAUUUUUCAAGAAUUUGGCAUUUUAUUUUUUAAUGUAACUUUCAUAUAUAUUUGAUAGUUUGUGACACAACAUCCCCCAGUAUUCUCCGUAUUAAAUGCUAAGUAUCAGCAUUGUCUCCUUCUUUCUUUUUAGUUGUAGAUGGACAUACUAUCUUAUUUUAUUUAUUUAUCCCUACUUGAUGCUAAGGAUCCAACCUAGGGCCCCACAUGUGCGAGGCAAGUGCUGUACUACUGAGCCCCAGCCCCAGCGUCUCUUUAUUUCUUAGCAAUGUAACUAAAAGCAUGUUGGGCUUAUAAUUGGAAGGGUAGGUUCCCCCCCCUGCAAGUGUAUUUGCUCUCAGAAGUCACAUCCAGGAGCAGGUCAGGAUGGGGCUGCAGGGCUGCUUCUCAGGCCUGGUGGCCAUGCCUGUGAUUCCAGUGACUAAGGAGCUGAGGCAGGAACAUGGCAAGUUCAAGGCCAGCCUCAGCAACUUAGCAAGACCCUAUCACAAAAUAAAGAAUAAAAAGGGCUGGGGAGACAGGAUUGUGGCUCAGUGGUAAGUGCUUACCUGGCACAUGUGCAGCACUGAGUUUGAUCCUCAGCACCAUAUAGAAAUAAAGGUGUCCAUCUACAAUUUAAAAGAAAAAAAAAUUUAAAGCAUUGAUGGGGGGGGGGGCGCUGGGGUUAUGGCUCAGCGGUAGAGCACUAGCUUCACAUGUGCGAGACCAUGGUUUCUAUCCUCCGUACCACAUAAAAAUAAAUAUGUGAAAUAAAGGUAUUGUGUCCAACUACAACCAAAUUUAUAUAUAUAUAUAUAUAUAUAUAUAUACACACACACACACACACACACACACACACACACACAUAAAGGCUGGGGAUGAAGAUGUGGCUCAGUGGUUAAGCACCCCUGGAUCCAAUCCCCAGUAUAAAAAAAAAAAAAAACAACUUUUUAAAUCAAAAGUGGAAGUACAAAACAUCACAUAGCUGCACAUUUUCAUAGAAAUACUGAAUGAAUGAAUAAACUAGAAACAUUGGUUGCCUUGAGGUUGUGAGACUGGAGUAAGGGGUGGGACAAUUAACUGAGUGUGUCUUUUUGUAUAUUUUUUCAUUAUUAAUACAUAAUGUACAAAAUAAUGGAUUUCUUUGCAACAUUUUCAUACAUGCAUAUAAUGUGCUGUGAGUGUAUCCACCCUCCCCUAUGUAUAGUUCCUAAAUAUAAUACAACUAAUGUUCUCAUCCUUAAGAACUUAAGGGAAUGAGUGAAUUCUAGUGAGGAGUUGGUUUUUCACAGUGAUAUGGAUAGGCAAUACUAAAACUAAUGUGUAUUCCAGACCAAGCAAGUAAUUAUAGUAUGGAAAAUGAGAGCCAGGUUUCUCACUGUUGGCAAAGGAAGUUAGGAAUUUUGAUGAGGAACCCCUGUGGUGUUGGACUGGAAUGGGAAGUGUCAGUAUGAAUUCAUGACUGUGUAAAGACAUAGACACAGAUGUGCAUAUUUCUUGCACUGUAUCCUGACAGAUCUGAGACACACUUACAUCCAAUAAAAAUAAGCACACUGGCUGUUCCUA